AUGGAUAUUCCCCAACUGUCCACUCUCGGUUUACAAGAAAUUGUUCUUAGCAGAGCUACAGAAAAAUCAAAGGUAAUCAACGUUGAGCAAAAGAUGCUAGAAAAGAUUAUGACACCAAAACGGAAUGAAAGCGAAAACGAGACUGACAUGUUCCUUUUCAACAAUGAAAUGUUAUUUAAAGCCGACGUACGCAAUUUUGAGUUGUCAGAAGACAACAUCAGAAAAAUCAACACGCUGGAAGUUCAUUCUCUUAAGAUCAACUGCGAAACAAAUAAAUAUCAAGAUGAGCAUCAUUACAAUAUCAUCCGAUUGCUCGAAGACUGCUUAAAUUCAAAAAGUCGGGAACAAUUGGCCCACUUGAAUAUUGAAGGAUCUGUUCCAUUUCAAGCUACUUGGUUUCGUGAUAUUCUCGAAUUGUUUCCAAACUUGAAAAGUUUCGUGAGAGAGAAUGCAUUUCAUUUGUUUUUUCCACCACUCCCCUUUGCACACUUUCAACUCGUAUGCUUGGAUCUUUCAAAUAAUCGUAUGAGAUCACUGAAAGGAGUAUCACAACUCCCCAAUCUCGAAGUCCUGGUGAUGAGGCACACGCAACUUGAGAAUGCAUCUGAUUAUGAUGACUUGUUCCUCCUUUCAAAAUUGAAAUACCUAGAUGUUUCGAGAGCAACGAAACUGGAUGAAGAUGCCUGUCAUACUCUGGGUCAUUUGGUAGAACGAAACAUGUCAAUGGUGAGCCUGAAACAUAUUGACUGUGCCAAUCUCCGUCUCAACUAUAGAGUGCUUGCAACACUCUUGAGUCUGAAUCCGGCAAUAAACAGCAUCGUUCUCUACGGUAAGCAGAAACAUCAAAUUCUUUGUAGCACAAACCAACUUGCAGGCACUCUCAUUCACGACGCGCUUGAUCCAAAUGUGAAAGUUCUAGCAGCAUUUGAUUUGAAAUCAUCCGUGUCCUUGCUUGAUCACUAUUAUAGUUUGUCGCGAGAGACGAUGGUUCAAGAUGUUCUGAUGGAAAUUCGUGAAUUUUCUAACAUAUCCAUCUUGCUGAAAAUGUUCCGUCAACAUCUGGACAAAAUUUCAUCUACAAACAAAUAUGAGAUGAUCACAUUCCUGGUGAAAUCCAACUUGAAACCGAAAGAGUCUUUCUGUUACAUUGUUUCGCAAACAGAACUAUUAGAAAUACCGGAAUUGGACAAAGAGUUGCUGUUCAGAAAAUCUCUUGAACGGAUAGUCUACAUGUGGGGUUCGGAAAGUUAUGAUUUGCAAGAGUUCACAGCGAUUGUCGUAAUGAUGGAGUGUUCAAUCGAUUCUGCUUUAACGGACAUGUCGGAUGCCAUUCGGGAAAAGCUCUCAGUCAGAGCAUCUUUGAUGUCUUUGAAGCUGGGCGUGAUUCUCUAUCGUUUUUGUUUACUUCUCGACGUAGCGACAGAAGUGGAAGAGAUAGUCAUUCGAUAUCUGACAAUUUUGCGGACUAUUUAUGAAACCAUUGGAUGGCAAAUACCAUUGGUUCAGCUGUUAUUCGAAUCUUUGCCAAAAGCUCUGAAUCAUACUGCCACUGCAUGGGGAAUCCUCAAAAUGCUUUACCUCGCAUUGCCACAUAUUCACCGCAACGUUAUCCAACAAAACGCCACGUUUGAUCUUGCAUUGGUAUUACUAAAGCUCGUGUUCCAAGAUUAUUCGUAUUUUGAAGACAACGACGUGUUCUAUGAAAACGACGUCUCUUAUUUUGCAAUGUACUUGCUUUCCCGGAUGUUCCAUCCAAGGAUACUGAAAAGAUGGAAACGAGAUUUGGUGUUGAUAACAAUAAACUUUGUGGAAGCUUUCGAAUACGAGAGAUUUUUCAUUAUGUGGCUUAAACCAAAUGGUAUUAAAUGGCGCGAAGUCUCCAGCUGCCGAAAACCCGUUGUGAGAACUUUCAAGAUGUUGAAAUUCAAGCAAAUGCGGAUUAAAAAUAUGGAUGAUGUUUUCUGGAAAUAUGAACGAAAAUGGCAACACCAUUCUGCAUAUGGAAUAGCUGAAUUAGCAAUAGAUAUAUUUUCAUUUAUUAUCUUUUUAUCUCUUGUCUAUUGUUUUACUUUUAGUUUUUUUUUUUUUUUGUCAAUUUUUAAAUGUCACAUACGCAUUCUCUUCUCUCCAUCUAUUUAA